GGAGCGCGGGAAAUCCCGGGUGCGUCUGGAAUUUCGCAGGUGGCGAGGACCAUGGCCACCUCUUCGGUGUCCAAGGGUUGCUUUGUGUUUAAGCCAGACUUCAAGAAGAGAAAGAUCUCUGUGCCAAUAGAGGACUAUUUUAAUAAAGGGAAAAAUGAGUCUGAGGACAGUAAGCUUCGCUUUGAAACUUACCAGUUGAUAUGGCAGCAGAUGAAAUCUGAAACUGAGCGACUACAAGAGGAAUUAAAUAAAAACCUGUUUGACAGUCUAAUUGAAUUUCUUCAGAAGUCUCAUUCUGGGUUCCAGAAGAAUUCAAGAGACUGGGGCUGUCAAAUAAAACUCAGAGAAAUUCCAACUGCUGCUCUUGUUCUAGGUGUGAAUGUAACAGAUCAUGAUUUAACAUUCAGAAGUCUAACAGAAGUCCUUCAGAAUAAUGUUACUCCAUAUGUAGUUUCAUUGCAAGCUAAAGAUUGCCCAGAUAUGAAACCUUUUUUGCAAAAACUGGCCUCACAGUUGAUGGACUGCAAUGUAGACGUGCAAUCCAAAGAGAAAGAAAGUGUUCAGGUCACCCAGAAAAAGAUACAUUAUUCAAUGGAUUCUCUUUCCACUUGGUAUAUGAGUGUCACACAGAAGACUGACGUAAAAAUGCCAAGAAAAAAGAGGACUCCUAGCCAAUGGCAGUCUCCUCCUGUUGUGCUUAUCUUAAAGGAUAUGGAAAGCUUCACCACAAAAGUACUCCAAGACUUUAUAAUUAUCAGCAGUCAGCAUCUACAUGAAUUUCCACUAAUACUCAUUUUUGGAAUCGCCACGUCUCCUGUUGUCGUCCAUCGGUUGCUUCCUCAUGCAGUAUCAUCUCUAUUGUGUAUAGAACUAUUCCAGUCUUUGUCUUGCAAGGAGCACCUGACUACAGUACUUGAUAAGCUACUUCUUACAACUCAAUUUCCGUUUAAACUAAGUGAAAAAGUGUUGCAGGUUCUGACCAACAUCUUUUUGUAUCAUGAUUUCUCAAUCCAAAACUUUAUAAAAGGACUUCAGCUUUCUCUAUUAGAACAUUUCUAUUCCCAGCCCCUCAGUGUUCUGUGCUGUAAUCUCCCAGAAGCCAAGAGAAGAAUAAAUUUCUUAUCAGAUAAUCAAUGUGAAAACAUCCGACGUCUUCCAUCGUUUAGGAGGUACGUGGAAAAGCAAGCUUCAGAAAAGCAAGUUGCACUGUUGACCAAUGAGAGAUUUUUGAAGGAGGAAACACAGUCAUUACUAGAAAACCUGCAUGUUUACCAUACAAAUUACUUCCUGGUUUUGAGAUGUCUUCAUCAGUUCACCUCUUCUCUUCCCAAGUACCCACUGGGUCGACAGAUCAGAGAGCUGUACUGCACGUGUUUAGAAAAGAACAUACGGGAUUCAGAGGAGUAUGCAUCGGCUUUGCAGCUGCUGAGGAUGUUGGCAAAGGAUGAACUGAUGGCCAUGCUUCAGAAAUGUUUCAAGGUUUUUAAGUCCUCUUCUGAAAAGCAGCUUGGCAACACAGCAAAGAGAAUAGAGGAGUUCCUGGCCCAGUUUCAGAGCCUCGAUGCUGCAGCGCUAGGCCCCAUGAGUGCUGAGCCAGUGCAAGAUGAAAGAGCCAGCCUACUUGACUGGAGGGGCAUGAGCGUGAGGAAGUGCCACCCCAUGGUACCAGGGGCUCCCUCCAGAUCACGCACAGGCAUUAUUACUCUGCAGUGCAUUUGCAGGACAAGUGAGCUGAACCAUUUUCAAAUCAUAAACAUUUUAAAGGGCUGGAAAUUGGUAUCGUAGAGAUUAUUGAGUCCAGCUGCAACAGAAACUAAAGCCCAGGAAGAGGAAGGAGCUUGCCUGAGAUCUUGUAGCUAGCUAGGGUAGUACCCAGCCUGGAACCCAUCUCUUUCUUAAUCACCAGCUUAUUGUUUUUUUUUCUCACGGACUCACAGUCGCCACCUAGUUAGGGUCACUGGGACAGUGAGGGGCUGCCCUUAAGGAUAUAAACAGGGUAAAAGACUUAGAAGAAUAUAAGAUAAAUUAGGUAAAUUUCAAUCUUUUACAAAAUCAGACUCAGGGAUUUUUGUAAAAUGAAACUGCAGAUAUUAUAAUAAUUUUAAUUAGAGUUCAUGUAAGCUAGUGAACAAAUCCUGUGAUGUGCUAAUAUUAAAUAAAGGAACACAGCUUUUAGAAAUGGGAAGGUUGGUAAUUAAGAUGAUUAACUGUCUGAAGGAUAAAGAAUUUUGUAAGUUGAAGCAAAACGAGUGUCUUGAAUAAAUGUACUUUCUGUUUUCAAAAGUGGCACAUUAUUAAUAAUAAAGUGAAAUUAACCCCACCCUCCCAUAUUGGACAGGCGUACAGUUUGACUGUAUGCUAUCUCUAGUUCCUUGACAGUUAUUACACAUUACAGUUUAGGUUUAAAAUUACAUUUGGAGGGUUAAGUAGGUCAGAGUGUCAUAUCAGAUUUAUUUUUAAGGCUCUGCUACAUGUUAAUGAAAUGGGACAGAGAAUUUAUUAGAUAUUUUAACCUUAAAGCAUAUCUUUCUUGAACCAAGAUUUAUCAAUAGCUAAAAAGAAAUUUAUUCUUCGAGAACAAGGCAGAUUCUCCGGCUGCAUCUUCCUGUCUUAGGUUUGGCCAAAUAAGCCAUGUGAGCGUGAGGUUCCUAAAACCUGCCCUGCACCAGGGAGAGGCUGUUAGAACCUCAUGUUCUCUGGAAACACAACUACACCUUUUACUAGAUACGGUUUUCUGUUUCCUUUGCUAAAGAACCAUGAUGCAGUUUGUAUUUCAGUAGAUUAUUUCAAAACUUAUAUUUACUACCGACUUCAGACUUAAAUAGCAUGUCAAAUAUAGAGAAUGGGAAGAUCCAGGCCAAGUUUGCCAGGGUGUAGGUUUGUAUUGUUUACAUCAAUCAUGGCAUAAUCAAAGGACCAUAAUUUAAAUUUGUUUGUUUUUUAAAAGCUAUUUAUAAUGGCACAAAGAUUUGGAGAUUUUUUUUCCUAUUGGU